AUGGCUUCUGCGGCCGAAGCAAGAACCGGAAAGACGACGCCCAGAAUUGUCAUCUGCGGCGGCGGUAUCAUCGGCGCCGCCACCGCAUACUACCUGGCGGAGAAGGGCCUGGCGGAGCGGGUGACGGUCGUGGAGCGCCACGAGCCUGCAUGUGCGGCAUCGGGCCCGGAUGUCGGCUCAGGCCCUGAAACCCUGAUGGUUAUAUCUGCCGCUGCUGACGACAUUCCCCCUUCCGACCCCCACCGCCGCCACCGCCGCCACCACCGCCGCCACCACCUCCUAGGCAAGGCUGGCGGCUUCCUGGCCCUCGACUGGAACGACUCAUCCCCCGUGGGCCCCCUGGCUCGCCUCAGCUACCGCCUGCAUGAGCAGCUGGCCGGACAGCUGGGGGCUGAGAGAAUCGGAUAUCGCACCGUGCACACCCUGCAGGUGCUGGGUGUUGAGCGGCCCCCACCCGGCUCCUCCCCUUCGGCUCCUGGGAGGCGCCGAGGCGCCGAGGCGCUUCCAGACUGGGUGGACGGACAUGUCGUCGGCAUGUCGGGCCCGCACUUGGCUGUCGGGGAGGCCCCCGGGGUGGAGAUGGGCGACCCCUCCGACACCGCCCAGGUGCACCCACACAAGCUCACCACCGCACUGCUUGACUCGGCCGUGACCCGUGGGUCGCAACUGCUGCGGGGCUGUGUGGAGGGGCUGCAGCUGGAGGGGGUGGAGGAAGAGCGGGAGGGAGCCGAAGGGAUGCAGAGGCGGAGCCGUGUGACAGGUGUUAUUGUGGACGGCCAGGUCAUUCCUGCAGAUGCGGUGGUCAUCGCCAUGGGCCCUUGGUCAGAAGUACCACAGCGUGGUGCUGCGGCCCCAGCAGCCCGUGAGCAACCAUAUGCUCUUUACGGGCUUCAAAUACGCAUCAGCACUCUUUCCUCGGCAGGAACUUCACUCGCUCGCCGUACGGUGGAGCCCGAGGUGUACCCCCGCCCGGAUGGCACUGUGUAUGUGUGCGGGGAGCCCCAGUCCCUGCCCGUUCCCCCCAGCGCUGCCCAAGUGACGGUGGAGCAGCCCCUAAUAGACAACAUCCGCGCCGUGGCGGCUUCCCUGGCCACCUGCCUGGGGCAGGCCGCUGUGGAGGCUCAGCAGGCCUGCUACCUGCCUUGCGCGCCGGACAGUCUGCCCGUGAUUGGCCCCGUGCCGGGAUGUGAGGGGGCGUACCUGGCCACGGGACAUACCUGCUGGGGCAUCCUCAACGGUCCCGGCACGGGGCUGGUGCUGGCGGAGAUGAUCACGGAGGGGGGGGCAAAGAGCUGCCCGCGUCCUCCUCAUUUUGGCAUAUGA